AUCCCGGUAUCUGGAAGCAUCUACUAAACCCUCGUUUCUGGAAAGUGGAAACUACACACUCACUCAUUCUGAAACUUUAGCUAUAGAACUCUCUCGAACCUCUCAAAACCUCAUUCCUAUUUCCAUUUAUACCCCUCCUCCUUCUCCUAAUUUCCACCUACUUCACGCAAUUCUCGAACCAUUCAUUCAUCGUUAAUCUCCACAUUUUCUCUACUUUCUCAAAUUCCUCACAUUCCCUAAAUCAUGGACGAAGAUUUCGACAUUCCGGCGGUUGAUGAAAUGAACGAAGAUUUCGACUUCGCCGGCGCCGAUGGCAAUCCAAUUCUCAAGGUCGGCGAAGAGAAGGAGAUCGGUAAGCAAGGUUUGAAGAAGAAGCUUCUUAAAGAAGGUGAUGGUUGGGAGACUCCUGAUGUUGGCGAUGAAGUUUAUGUUCACUAUACUGGAACGUUGCUUGAUGGUACUAAAUUUGAUUCUAGCAGAGAUAGGGGAACACCUUUCAACUUUAAGCUUGGACAAGGGCAAGUUAUCAAAGGAUGGGAUGAUGGUAUUAAAACCAUGAAGAAAGGUGAAAAUGCUCUUUUCACCAUACCACCUGAGUUAGCUUAUGGUGAAUCUGGUUCUCCACCUACUAUUCCUCCCAAUGCUACUCUACAAUUUGAUGUUGAGCUGCUGUAUUGGACUAGUGUGAAGGAUAUAUGUAAGGAUGGGGGGUUGUUUAAGAAGAUAGUUAAGGAGGGGGAGAAAUGGGAAAACCCCAAGGAUCCUGAUGAAGUCCUUGUUAAGUAUGAAGCACGUCUUGAUGAUGGAACGCUUGUGGCAAAAUCUGACGGGGUGGAGUUCACUGUGAAGGAGGGUUAUUUCUGCCCUGCAUUGUCAAAGGCUGUUAAGACCAUGAAGAAGGGAGAGAAAGUGAUCUUGACUGUGAAGCCACAAUAUGGAUUUGGUGAGAAGGGCAAGCCAGCUCAUGGUGAUGAAGGUGCAGUUCCACCUAAUGCAACAUUGCAAAUUACUCUUGAGUUAGUUUCUUGGAAGACUGUUUCUGAAGUAACCGAUGAUAAGAAGGUCAUCAAAAAGAUCCUCAAGGAAGGAGAAGGAUAUGAGCGACCAAAUGAGGGAGCUGUCGUGAAAUUGAAACUAAUUGGUAAGCUGCAAGAUGGCACUGUAUUUUUGAAGAAAGGCCAUGGCGAUGACGAAACAGAUCUCUUUGAAUUUAAAACGGACGAGGAGCAAGUGAUUGAUGGGCUUGAUAGAGCUGUAAUUACCAUGAAGAAGGGUGAGGUAGCAUUGUUGACUAUUGCUCCUGAGUAUGGUUUUGGUUCAUCAGAGUCUCAGCAGGAAUUGGCCGUGGUUCCUCCUAAUUCAACCUUGCAUUAUGAAGUUGAGCUGGUUUCAUUCGUAAAGGAUAAGGAGUCCUGGGACAUGAACACUGGUGAGAAGGUAGAAGCUGCUGGUAAGAUGAAAGAAGAUGGGAAUAGGUUGUUUAAAGCUGGGAAAUACACAAAAGCUUCUAAAAGAUAUGAGAAGGCUGUAAAGUUCAUAGAGUAUGAUACUUCCUAUACCGAAGAGCAGAAGAAAACUGCCAAGGCCUUGAAGGUUGCUUGUAAUCUGAACAAUGCAGCAUGUAAGCUGAAAUUGAAAGACUAUAAACAAGCAGAGAAAUUGUGUACAAAGGUGCUGGAGCUUGAGAGCACAAAUGUGAAGGCCCUCUAUAGGAGGGCUCAGGCUUACAUUCAAUUGGCUGACUUGGAUUUGGCUGAAUUUGAUAUCAAGAAAGCUCUUGAGAUUGACCCUGACAACAGGGAGGUGAAGCUGGAGUACAAGAUUUUGAAGGAAAAGAUGAAGGAGAUCAACAAGAAGGACGCCCAAUUUUAUGGGAAUAUGUUUAGCAAAAUGAAAAAGUUGGAUUCCCUUGACGUUAAUAAAUCGGCGCCAAAGGAUGCUGAACCCAUGAGUAUUGACAGCAAGGCAUAGAAUGUACACCAUUGGAAUUAAUCAAAUCUAGAGUCUUUUUAUUAUUAUUGUUUCUCCACAUUUGAUAGUUGUUAUGAAUUUAUAUGCAUGUCAUUUGGGACAAUUUGUUCUAUUGUCAUGAAUAGGGAAAGUUGCUUUGAUGAAAUGAAUUACCAAAGAUGUUUUGA